CUGUGGCUGGCAAUUAAUAAAGCAGAGAGGAUGAAUGAACCGUACUACGAAGUAGUCCAGGAUUUCUAUACAUCUGACCUCAAGAAACCUACACUGAAGGAAGUGAAUGUUUGGCCAUGCACUGGAAAGAGCAGCAGCAGCUCUGGAGUUUCCUUUUCUUACUCACAUGUCUUUCUGUUCCUCUUCUUCUUGUGCCUGAUAGGCAGUCUGCUCGGGCACCCUCAGUGUCUGGAUUACGGGCCGCCUUUCCAGCCCCCUUUUCAGCUGGAGUUCUGUUCUGCCUAUGAAAAUUUUGGCUGCUGUGACCAGGAGAAAGAUAACAGCAUUGCAGCAAAAUACUGGGACAUCAUGGAUUAUAUCGAUCCUCGGGGGCAUAGACUGUGUGGAACGUAUAUCAAAGAUAUCCUGUGCCAGGAAUGUUCUCCAUACGCUGCACAUCUCUAUGAUGCAGAAAACCCUCGGACACCUCUAAGAAACCUCCCAGGACUUUGUUUUGACUACUGCUCUGAGUUUCACUUCAACUGCCGCUCUGCCAUCAGCCUGCUGACGACUGAUAAGCACAUCCAAGAAUGCUGCGAGACAAACAAGACACGCUUCUGCAACCUCCUUCACCUACACGAUGAGGACUACUGCUUCCCCAACGUGCUGAAGAACACAGCCCUCAACCGCAACCUGGGCUCGGUGGUGGAGGACCACAAAGGCUGCCUCCAGCUCUGUCUGACCGAGGUUGCCAAUGGCCUGAGGAACCCAGUGCUCAUGGUGCACGCGAAUGACGAUACUCACCGCAUGUUCAUCGCUGAGCAGGUGGGCGUCAUCUGGGUCUACCUACCUGAUGGCAGCCGGCUGGAGGAGCCCUUUCUGGAUAUUAAAAGGAUAGUGCUGGCUACGCCAUGGAUAGGGGAUGAGAGAGGCUUUCUGGGCAUGGCUUUCCACCCCAAGUACAAGUACAAUCGGAAGUUUUAUAUCUAUUACUCAUACAUGGAUAAGAACAGAGUGGAAAAGAUCAGGAUCAGUGAACUGAAGGUUUUGGCAUCUGAUGUCAACAAAGCUGAUCCACGCUCAGAAAGGAAUCUUUUGGAGCUUGAAGAACCAGCUGCAAACCAUAAUGGUGGGCAGCUGCUCUUUGGUGUGGAUGGCUAUAUGUAUCUGUUCACAGGGGAUGGAGGGAAAGCUGGAGACCCUUUUGGAAAAUUUGGGAAUGCUCAGAACAAGAGUGCUUUGUUGGGGAAAGUCUUGAGGAUUGAUGUGGAUGGAAAAAGCCCUGAUGGAAAGCCUUACCACAUCCCUCCUGAUAAUCCAUUUGUGUCUGAUCCCAAGGCCCGCCCUGAGGUUUAUGCUUAUGGGGUCAGGAAUAUGUGGCGCUGUGCGGUUGACAGAGGGGACCCUGUCACAAAAAAGGGAAGAGGGAGGAUAUUCUGCGGGGAUGUCGGACAGAACAGAUUUGAAGAAAUUGACAUCAUUGUUAAAGGAGGGAACUAUGGCUGGAGAGCAAAGGAGGGAUUUGAAUGCUACGACACAAAGCUUUGCCACAAUUCCUCUUUGGAUGACAUUCUUCCAAUAUUUGCAUAUGGCCGCAAUGUGGGGAAGUCAGUCACUGGAGGUUAUGUGUACAGAGGAUGUGAAUCGCCCAACUUGAAUGGCCUCUAUAUUUUUGGUGAUUUCAUGAAUGGUCGACUUAUGGCUUUACAGGAAGAUGAGGAGACAAAUAAGUGGAAGAAGCAAGAUAUCUGCAUUGGUAGCACAAAAGCUUGUGCUUUCCCUGGAAUGAUCACUUCUUAUAGCAAGUUCAUCAUCUCAUUUGCUGAGGAUGAAGCAGGUGAGCUAUAUUUCAUGUCUACUUCUUAUCCCAGUGCCUAUGCACCACAUGGAUCGCUCUACAAGUUUAUUGAUCCUGCAAGGAGAGCUCCACCAGGAAAGUGUAAAUAUAAGCCUGUUCCAGUGAAAACAAAGAGCAAACGGAUACCAUUUGUUCCACAUGCAAAGACUGUCCUUGAGCUGCUUAAUGAACCUUCAACAACCAAGCCUCUGAAAAAAUCUAGCCCCACUGUAGCUACCCCAAUGGUUUCUUCUAAGAAAACUAAAAAAACCCCAUCCACCAAAAUAAAAGCAUCAACAGUGAAACCAGCUCCAUCUGGUACAAAGAAACAGAAAAUCAAAGCUGAGGCUAAACCUCACAAGCCAAAGCAGGAAGAGAAGGUUGCACACGUUUCCAGAACUACACCAACACCCCCUUGGCCAAAAACGAAGAGCUCCCACCUAAUCAGAACCAAGAAGCUUCUUCCAAAGAAAACAGCACCAGCUAAGGAAAGACUGGGGAAGAGGAGGAAGGAGAAUAGAUUAAGAAGCAGCUUUUGA